AUGGCACUAAUCACUAGCGCACUCGUGGGUCUUCUCCUUCUUGCUCUUCUCUUGUUCCUUUGCCUGAGAAGACGGCGAGAUAGCAAGGACGCGCGAACGGAACAGAAGAAACCGGCGGGAGCCACGACGAUGGAUGUUCUAUCGGUGGGGGCUUCUUCGUCGAAAGAGGAAGCCACGGGAAUAUCGUCGGGGAUGGGAGGAAAAACACAGAGGAACAAGCUUGUGUUCACGGAAGGAGGAGUGUAUAGAAGCGUAGGGACUUCGUAUAAGGCGGUGCUAGCUAGAGGAAGGCACGACGGUGGUGAUGAAGCGGCUCAAGGAUGUCAUGGCUUCCAAGAAGGAAUGAGAAGCUUCUCGUCUUCGAUUACAUGCCCACCGGAAGCUUGUCUGCUAUUCUUCAUGCCAUAG